CACUCGAGUCGAUGAAAUUUGAUUCGAUUUGCACCUGGGAAUAGAGAGAAAAAAAAGAGGAAGAAAGUUGUUCGAAUUUGAUAUUCGUGGAAGGGAAAGCCGAAGAAACGAGUGGAAAUAAAGAUGCUUCAAAUCAGACUAAGCAAGGGCUCCUCCUCGGAUGCCGGCGGUUCCGUUAAGCCAUUGCCCGUUGAGACGGUGACGGUGGCCUGCCCCGACCAUCUCGUUCUCGCCGACCUACCCGUUGCCAAGAGCAUUGGUGCCGCUACCUCCUCCACUCACGUGAAGACCGUCGGUCGGAGAUCCCGCCGCCAGCUUGGCGAGCGAGUCCACUUCUGCGUUCGCUGCGAUUUUCCGAUAGCGAUUUACGGCCGCUUGAGUCCUUGUGAGCAUGCUUUCUGCCUUGAUUGCGCGAGGAGCGAUUCGAUUUGCUAUCUUUGUGAUGAUCGUAUACAGAAGAUUCAGACAAUCAAGAUAAUGGAGGGGAUAUACAUCUGUGCAGCUCCUCAUUGUCUUAAAUCGUUUUUGAAGAAGACUGACUUUGAAUCUCAUAUACAUGCAAGCCACACUGACCUUUUACAGCCUAAUUCCGAGAAGGAAGAUGGUAAAGAAUCAGAGGUUCAGAGUGGUAACCAACCUACAGGUUCAGAUUCCACUGUUCGAGGUCCUCCAAGGCCUGCCAUUUCUCCUGGUUCAAACCCACAGCUUCAUGAUACUGACGACAAAGCUCGUUGGCAGCAGCCGAGGGAACAACUGCCUCCAAGGCCAAUGAUGCCGAAGGGACCACCAGUAGACAAUAACCAACCCCCAGGCUUUGACAGGGCUGGCCCUCACAACCACUUUCAGCAAGGCUUUGACAGGCAGGGCACCCCACAACCAGAAUCAAGUCAGUUUUCAGACAAACCACAGGGACUUUUAUCUGAGAAUCAGUUUCCUGAAUACCCGCCAAUGCAUUCCAUGCAACCGCCUAAUUUUGCUAUGCCAAUGAAUUCAAACCCUAUGUUAACUCCAUAUGGUAUUCCUCCAUUUCCAACUGAUGGGGCUCAACAGUUUUAUGGUGCUCCCUAUGAGAUGGCUCGGCAGAGUUCAGCUCCAGGUGUUGGUUCCGAACAGGGAUCUUUUAUGGGUUACCCGCCAGGUCCAAUGGGGGGUGUAAAUUACCCAGCAGCUUAUCCUCAGCCCUGGAACGGAGGGCAACCUGGUGUCCGUUUUGAAGCCACACCAGGUAGUCACAUGAUGGCAGACAGUUUUGCAAAUUAUCAAGGUGAUUAUGGUCGAAAUCCUGGAGGUUUACCAAUGAUUCCUUCCCAACAAUCAGCCAACAAAGGGAUGGAAGCUGUGCAGGGCAGUAAUGCCAUGGACCCCAGGGAUGGCGCAGGUAUAUUGGCACCACAGCCUAUGCAGGUUCAGCCACCACCUCCCCCACAUCCACAUCAUAUGCCACAACAUAAACGAGGCAAGUUCCACUCGGGUGAUAUGGGUCGUGAUGCACAAGGGUUUGGUUGGCAGCAAGAGAACCGUGAUGGCUUUGCAGGUAGCCAGGACUAGAAAUUGUUUGUAUUUUUGCGGUUGAGAUGUAAUCUUUUUCACUUUUUGGAUCUUUGAUUAAGCAUUGCAACGUGCUGUCAAUUAUCUUAAGUUCUUUAUUCUCCUCUGUUUUAUAUGAUACUUAAUAGUUUCCAAGCUUAUAUAAUUUGCAUCUAGGUUCCCCAUUACAGCA